AUAAACACAGCCAAAAUAUUGAUUUCGUUUCGGUUGUCGGUAACGACGUCGAAUUAAAAUUCAACAAAAUAAUGCUUUUGUUCGGCUUUUCGACCAGCUGGAAUAAUUUCUUCGAAUACGACAAACGCUCGAACGAUUAAAAUCUGACCCAUUUCGACAAUUUUCGGAAAUUUUCUUUGAUUUUAAUUACAGCAUAAAAGUUCGGCGUUUUAUCCGGCAAGGAAUCAAAGUCUUCAAACCAAGAGCUAAGAUCACAGUAUUCUUACGCGUGCGUCUACAGAACGCCACGUGGCCUUAUUUUCUCGCAUGCAAAUUUACUUCGGACAACAGAUUUGAUUAUAACUUCACCUCAGCUCAACAUGGGCGAAAUUGCGUGAAACGAGCAAUUACACGGCGUUUAAGAAAGAGAAGGACUGUAUUGUGGCGUUGAACCACAAGAUCACAAAAUCUUGGUGCUGAUAUCUUUUCUGCGAAGCGUGAAUGUACCCUGACGAUGGACCAUUUAAUCGUAAUUUUCGUCUUGUGUUUAUGCUUGGUACCAGUAUAUGGCCGCCAUCUACAGUUUCAACUUAGCGGCUUUGAAUGUUUCUACGAAGACCUUGUAGAAAACACCGAAUGUUCGCUAGAAUACGCGCCGAUCACCGGCGUCGACCCGCGCAUCGAUGCGUACAUACAGGAUCCAGAGGGCAGCUUCGUUUACAAAGAAGAAAAGAAGGAUUACGACUUGCAUAAAUUUACCACUGAUAAAAACGGAACGUACACUAUCUGUUUCAGCAACGUUUUCGAAUUCUCCAUCGGUGAAAACCUCGUUUACUUCGAUUUGAUCAAAGGCGACGAAGACUACAUGGGAUAUGAAGGAGUUGACGGAACGCAAACGGCCCUGACGUACUUCGAGAAGUCCUUCCUAAAUAUUCACGAGAACUUCAACUUGAUCGAGAAAUAUCAGAACUAUUACAGACUCAGAGAAGCAAACGGUCGGUUGGCUGCGGAAUAUCUUAAACAGCGUGUUCAGUGGUGGUCCAUUGGACAGUCUUGUAUUAUAAUUUCUGUUGGAGUUAUUCAAGUUUUCUUGUUACGUAGAUUUUUUACUGUUUCAAAAGAGGACCUAUGAAUACAACUUUCAAAAGGAAUAAUCAUUAGUAAAAUUCAGUCACAGAUUAUCCGGUUUACCAUAGCUUGGUUCUUGUUUAUAAUUUCUUUCCUUCUCUGCGGAUAAACAAUUUCUACUCGAUCUUAAAAUAAAUGGCUCUCUGCCAAUAAAUGCCGAAAUCAAAAAUUUUACUACAUGGGUAAUGGUCCCAGCUAGUUUAAUUGCCUAGUUGGCUAUUUGAUUGCCAAGCUUUAGAACUCUCUUGUUUGGUUACACUUGGAGUUGUUGUUCAGUUUGGUGAUUUUAUAUUUAUUGUCUGCUCUAGAAUAUAGUUUUGAUGAACUGUUAUUUAAAUGAAAAUAUCUGUAAUGAUAUAUGGGAAAAUGAUGUACAUUGUAGUUAAAUUAUUUCUUUGAAUUUUGUUAUUCGACGGCGCUGGGUAAAAAUAAAGAACUUGUUAAAGCUUA